UUAAACCAUGUCGCCCUAUGACCAACAAUGCUGGAAGACUAUACCACUAUCGAAUUACUGUGUCACCUCCCACAAAUUUCUUAACAGACAGACCUACUGUUAUUGAGUAUGAUGACCAUGAAUAUAUCUUUGAAGGGUUCUCAAUGUUUGCACAUGCCCCACUAACAAACAUUCCUCUAUGCAAAGUAAUCAGAUUUAACAUUGACUAUACAAUUCAUUUCAUUGAGGAGAUGAUGCCUGAGAAUUUUUGUGUAAGAGGUCUUGAGCUGUUCUCUUCAUAUCUGUUUAAAGAUAUUUUGGAGCUCUAUGACUGGAAUCUUAAAGGUCCCUCACUUGAAAAUGAUUCUAUUUGCUGCCCCAGAUUUCACUUCAUGCCGCGAUUUGUGAGAUUUCUUCCAGAUGGAGGAAAAGAAGUACUCUCAAUGCAUCAGAUUCUUCUCUACUUGUUACGAUGCAAUAAAGCUCUGGUGCCUGAAGAGGAGAUUGCCAACAUGCUUCAGUGGGAAGAACUGGAAUGGCAGAAAUAUGCAGAGGAAUGCAAAGGGAUGAUCGUUACCAGCCCUGGCAUGAAACCGAGCUCAGUUCGUAUUGAUCAACUGGACCGUGAACAGUUCAAUCCUGAUGUAAUUACUUUCCCCAUUAUUGUCCACUUCGGGAUACGACCUGCUCAACUCAGUUACGCUGGAGAUCCUCAGUACCAAAAGCUGUGGAAGAGUUACGUGAAACUGCGUCACCUGCUGGCUAAUAGUCCCAAAGUCAAACAGGCUGAUAAACAGAAAUUAUCACAAAGAGAGGAAGCACUGCAGAAAAUUCGUCAGAAGAACACAAUGAGACGUGAAGUGACCGUCGAGUUGAGUAGCCAGGGAUUCUGGAAAACAGGGAUACGCUCUGACGUCUGCCAGCAUGCAAUGAUGCUUCCUGUCCUCACCCACCACGUCCGCUACCAUCAGUGUCUGAUGCAUUUGGACAAAUUGAUAGGCUACACUUUUCGAGAUAGGUGCUUGCUGCAGCUUGCCAUGACUCAUCCAAGCCAUCACUUAAACUUUGGAAUGAAUCCGGAUCAUGCCAGAAAUUCCUUGUCCAACUGUGGGAUUCGACAGCCAAAGUAUGGAGAUAGAAAAGUUCACCAUAUGCACAUGAGAAAAAAAGGGAUAAACACCCUGAUAAAUAUUAUGUCCCGUUUGGGACAGGAUGAUCCAGCUCCUUCCAGGAUUAACCACAACGAGCGUUUAGAAUUUCUGGGAGAUGCUGUGGUGGAGUUCUUAACAAGUGUCCACUUGUACUACCUGUUUCCCACUCUGGAGGAAGGAGGAUUAGCUACAUACCGCACUGCCAUCGUACAGAACCAACACCUGGCCAUGUUGGCUAAGAAGCUGGAACUAGAUCGAUUUAUGCUUUAUGCUCAUGGUCCAGACCUUUGCAGGGAAUCGGAUCUCCGCCAUGCCAUGGCCAACUGCUUUGAAGCCCUAAUAGGAGCUGUUUAUCUAGAGGGGAGCCUAGAAGAAGCAAAACAAUUAUUUGGGCGUUUACUCUUCAAUGACAAGGACCUGCGGGAUGUAUGGCUUAAUUAUCCACUACACCCACUCCAACUGCAGGAGUCCAAUACUGACAGGCAACUCAUCGAGACCUCUCCAGUUCUUCAGAAGCUUACAGAGUUUGAGGACGCGAUUGGAGUCAUCUUUACUCAUGUUCGGCUUCUAGCGCGUGCAUUCACUCUGAGGACAGUAGGCUUUAACCAUUUGACUCUAGGCCACAACCAGAGGAUGGAAUUCCUGGGUGACUCCAUAAUGCAGCUGGUAGCCACAGAGUAUUUAUUCAUACAUUUCCCCGAUCAUCAUGAAGGGCACUUAACGCUGUUGAGAAGUUCUUUGGUGAACAACAGGACACAGGCCAAGGUGGCAGAAGAGCUGGGUAUGCAAGAAUUUGCCAUCACUAAUGACAAAACAAAAAGACCUGUAGCUCUUCGAACUAAGACUUUGGCUGAUCUCUUGGAAUCCUUUAUUGCUGCCCUGUACAUUGAUAAAGAUUUGGAAUACGUUCACACUUUCAUGAACGUAUGCUUUUUUCCACGGCUAAAGGAGUUUAUUUUAAAUCAAGACUGGAAUGAUCCUAAAUCUCAGCUUCAACAGUGCUGCUUGACUCUCAGGACAGAAGGAAAAGAGCCAGACAUUCCUCUUUACAAGACUUUGCAGACAGUGGGACCGUCUCAUGCCAGGACAUACACAGUAGCUGUUUACUUCAAAGGGGAACGAAUAGGAUGUGGAAAAGGCCCAAGUAUUCAGCAAGCAGAAAUGGGAGCUGCAAUGGACGCACUUGAAAAAUAUAACUUUCCCCAGAUGGCCCAUCAGAAACGGUUCAUUGAACGGAAGUACAGACAAGAGUUGAAAGAAAUGAGGUGGGAAAGAGAGCAUCAAGAGAGAGAGCCAGAUGAGACUGAAGAAGCAAGGAAAUAAAAGGAGGGCACAGAAACAGUGGCAUAUUUACUUACUUAAUAACUCUGACUGUGGCCUAUGGAGAUCUAACCUAGUUUCUUGCAGAUGAUGAAUGAAGAGUGCCUGUUGAUAUCAAAUAGAAAAUCAUAAUCUCUUCUUAAAAAAGUGUGUGUAUAUACAGUAUUUCUUUAGUUUGGUUUUAAGUGCAAAGUUUGUUUGGCUUUUUAAUAAGAUUUGGUUUUAAAUCCUUUUAAUUUUUAUGAAAAGUUGUGGGAUUAUUUUUAUUAUUUUUACUGUCUUGUAUGAAGUAAUAAAGUAUUAAUUUCAAAAGCCUGUAGGAGGAAAAGC